CUUCUUCCUCAUUUCGACGAACGCGAGUUUGUACACUUUUUUUCUUGUUUCAGUCAGAUCUGAGGCGAUGGCUUCCGGUACGGCGUCGUAUUGGUGUUACCGGUGCAACCGAUUCGUUCGUGCUUGGGUUCAAGACACCAUCUCUUGUCCUUACUGUGACGGUGGAUUUGUUGAAGCAAUCGAAACCGCGUCUUCUCUCCCGGCGGCGAAUCUCCACCGUCGAUUCUCGCCGUCUGCGAUUCACACUUUGGAUCAAGAUCCGUUUCAGUCUCCUCGCUUGAGCACCCGGCGAAGUCGCCGUAGACUUGGGGAUCGGUCGACUUUUAACCCUGUUGUUGUUCUUCGUGGUUCUGCUGACGGCGGCGAUGAGGGCGGCGGUGGUGGGGAGAAUAAUAGCUUCGAUAUUUACUAUGACGAUGGUGCUGGGUCUGGUCUUCGUCCGGUUCCGGCGACGAUGUCGGAGUUUCUGAUGGGGACUGGAUUUGAUCGGUUGUUGGAGCAGUUGGCUCAACUGGAGAUCAACGGGUUUGGCAGAUCUGAAAAUCCGCCGGCUUCGAAAGCAGCGGUGGAAUCAAUGCCGACGAUUGAGAUUUUGGAAAGUCACGUGGAUUCAGAUUCGCACUGUGCAGUUUGUAAAGAGGCGUUUGUAAUAGGAACCGAAGCCCGAGAAAUGCCCUGUAAGCACAUAUAUCACUCCGAUUGCAUAAUCCCUUGGCUUUCGAUGAGAAAUUCCUGUCCGGUCUGCCGACACGAACUGCCAUCGGAACGCGUAUCUCCAGCCGGCGGGGUUUCAGAUCGCGUUGUCGACGAAGAGACCGUAGGGUUAACAAUCUGGAGACUCCCUGGCGGUGGAUUCGCCGUUGGCCGAUUCACCGGCGGUAGACUGACCGGCGAGAGAGAUCCACCAGCGGUCUACACCGAAAUGGACGGUGGAUUCAAUGCCAACGGAGUUCCGAGAAGGGUCUCGUGGGCUUCGAGAAGAAGCAGGGGAAGGGAAAACCGAGGAAUCGGACGAACAUUCCGUAACAUCUUUUCUUUUUUCGGAAGAUUAAGGUCGUCGAAUUCAUCUUCUUCUUUGGCUUCGAAUGAAACGGAAUCUGUUAGUAGAAGCCAUAGCCGUUCGAGCUCUUCAGUCUUCAGCAGAUACUUGCGAAGGCCAAACAGAACUUGGCUGGAGAAUCAUACUGAAAAUGGCCGAUGGUGAUUCUUCCCAAUUCCAUAAAUACAAUUACUCUGCUAUGCAUUAUUCUUUUUGAUCUGUUCAUUACAUUUAUUGAACAAUAUCUUUAGAAAUCAAACUAGAUUAUGUAUAUACAGCUCUUGAUUUGGCAAAACAACGAAUGCCUUCUGUUCUGUUUCUGAAACUUGAUCAUCUUGCUCCCAUUAGCUCC